CCAGUUCUGGGAGGCAGGAGUUUGUAAUUAGUUGUCUGCCUGAGACAGAAACUCUAGAGACAAAGCAGCAGUUGUGUAGUUAUCAGUCUUUUUGUUUUCUGCCAUCAGUUUUAGUUCAACAUUUUAUUAAGAUCAUUAACAGCUUUUGAUUUAGAGGAAGAUUUUUUUUUGAUAUCACUGUUUAUGUCUUAACAUUUGAUGUCUACUUUUCUGCGAUUUUGUCCUGGGAGCUGCAACAAAAACACCAAAAACUGUCUAACCAGCUGGCACAGAUUGUUACAGAUUCAUGGAGAAGGCACUGACAGUAGUUCUGCCUCUUUUUCUUACACUUUGUGUGAACAUGCCAGAAGUUGGUGGACAGAAGGAGGGAUCCCAGGAUGACAACAAAGGUUCAUCACGUUCUUCAGAAACAAAAACAGGCCGGUGCUCUUACACCUUCGUAGUGCCUCAGCAGAAAUUGACUGGGGCGCUGUGUCUGAACACGCAGCCUGCUCCUACCAACCAUUCAGAAGUGUCAGCCUUAUGGGCAGAGCUCAAACGACAGCAGGAACUACUAGAGAAGCUAAGAAGCCAACUGGAGCAGGAAGGGGUCCUUGCCAUUGAAGUAAGGGCCUUGCGCAAAGAGAGCAGCAGUAUGAAUUCUCGCAUCAGCCAGCUCUAUGCUCAGCUGCAACAUGAAGUUAUAAACAAGAAAGAUCAGGCCUUGGAGCAGCAAAAGGUGGAGAACCUUCUGCUAAAUGCGACAGCACAGGCACUGCAGGUGUCCAGGGAUUACAGGGAGCUGGAGAAGAAAUAUGGAGCCCUCACCUCUAUGAUGAGUUCACACAACCAGUUUAUUGCCCGUUUGGAGAAGAAGUGCCAGUGCAGGGACUCUGCCCAGUCCCCUCAAGUCGUUACUGAACCACCCAAAAGCCAGUCAAAUGUGCAUCUGAAUUACAGUUCUGAAACCAACCAAAUGACCAAUGAUGUUCAACGGGACCAAAGUGCUCUCCCAUUAGAGCAAGCUCAAACAGGGGGAGGUCCUUUCCAUCCCCCCACUACCACCAGCAGUCCUACAGACCCUUCCUUCUUUAGCUUUCCUGUCACAAAAACUCCAGGGCCAUGGCGGGACUGUCAGCAUGUGUUGGAAUCAGGUGAAACUACCAGUGGGAUCUAUUUGCUCCGGCCGCAGAGUUCCAACCGACUCCUGCAGGCCUGGUGUGAACAGAGUCAAGCUCAGGGAGGGUGGACGGUCAUCCAGAGGAGACAAGAUGGGUCAAUCAACUUCUUUAGAGACUGGGAACAGUAUAAGCAAGGCUUUGGGAACCUAGAUGGAGAGUACUGGCUUGGUCUGGAAAACCUGUACUGGUUGACCAAACAGGCUCAGUAUAAGUUGCGGGUGGCCCUGGAAGACUGGCGUGGCCGGCAGGUGUUUGCUGAGUAUGACAGCUUCUAUGUGGAACCAGAGAGCGACUGGUAUCGACUGCGGUUGGGACUGUAUCACGGCAAUGCAGGGGACUCCCUCUCCUGGCACAGCAACAAGGCCUUUACCACUUUGGAUCGAGACAAAGACAGCUAUGGCGGUAACUGUGCUCAUUAUCAGAAGGGAGGCUGGUGGUAUCACAUGUGUGCCCACUCCAAUCUGAAUGGUGUGUGGUAUCGUGGUGGACACUAUCGAAGCCGGUACCAGGAUGGUGUUUACUGGGCAGAGUUCCAUGGAGGAUCGUACUCCCUUAAACGGGUUUGCAUGAUGAUCAAACCCAAAUAACAAGGUUAUCUUAUGGACAUGUGCAAAGGAAAGACAUGAUGUGGAUGAUCUUCACAUAUGUGCAGAAAGAAUAAAACAAACUCUAUUUGUAACUCUACGUUUAAUAAAAAUGAUAUUUUAAAAUUAACCUAGUCUGUGACAUGUGCAUGAAAUGAAUAACCGGAUGAUGACUAAUAUUGACUAACUUGAGAAAUCUGCUGUCGGUCGUGCAACUUCCUAAAAGAAUUUGUAUUGCUCAAUAUUUUUUUUUUUAAAUUGCAUAAUUUUUCACUCCCAUUUGGACAAAAAAACAGGGGAGAGAAACAAAAAACACUUUGUGAAAGAGUACAUUAAAAAAUUACAUAAAAUAUGGGAGGAGGACAACUUAUAAGCAACCGUUACUCCACAAAGGGCUGGCUGCAGAUGUGGUUUUGUAUUUUGGGCUUCACAGAGUUUCCUGUACACAAGGGCGUUAAAUUUCCUCUCUAGUUUUUUUUUCUGCCUGUGAAACUUUUAGUCGGUCAUCAUAAGUAGGAUCUGCAUCGAGCUGACGUUCAUUUAACCCAGGUUCUGAAGCUGGAUAGUCUCUGGAUGCUCCUGAAACACUGCUCCAUUCACCUCAUUCCUUCUGCAUGCUGUCCAAGCAUGCUGCCUGUCAGGAUGCUGAGCAUUCUCAUCCUCCUCUUUUCACUGUGCAAUGCUGACAGCAUAUGCACAACAGAGUUGAAGACAGAUCCACCUGAGAUUAUUGCAGAAUAUGGAGGAAUUCCUGUAAUUGUAAACUGUACCACCAGACUGGGCGAUCAUUACGG